AUGGAGUUCUCUGAAUCUGAGACACAAGCUCCUGAUGAUUUAACUGAUUUGGAGGCGGCUUAUAACUAUCCUCCUCCACUUGCUCAAGAGUGCAAAAGUUACAAAUGGAAAAUUCAGUUGAACAUGGAAGACCAAAUGCUGACAACCACAGAUGUUUUGAAGCUACAAAAUCGCAAAGUUGUUGUUCACUUCGAUGAAGAUAGCGGUCAACCUGAUGAAGAUUCUGGAGGUCUACUUGGAUCAUGGUUAGGUCAACUGAGUACAGAUGUAAACCUAUUACCAAUUAACUACAGUGACUGGAGAACCUUUCUCCCUCAUAGAAAGGAUAGAGCAUGGGAAAUAAUCCAGGCAAAGUUUUGGUUUCCUAAUCCAGAUACAAGACAAGGUUAUGUGAUGGGAGUCAUAGGAAACAGAUGCAAAGAUUUUAAAUUACGUCUUUGGAGGGACUACAAGCGAAAUACUCGAACUGAAUCGUUAGCCAAUCGUCCCCCUAAUGUACCUGAAGAUCAAUGGCAUGAUAUGGUUUUCAUGAGAUUCACUGAUAAGUGGAAGAUAUAG